UACACAUUCUGAAAAAAAUUCAAAAAAUUCCAAGGCCAAAAACCCCACGGCGCAACCGCUUCUCCAAAACCCCUCCCAUUUACACCCGCCCGAGCUUGCAGAGGAAAAAGUACCCGCUCCGACAAUGUCGGGUUUCUCGUUCGGAUCCUCCGCUGGGUCCUCCUUCGCUUCCUCCUCCGCCGCCGCAAACCCUAGCUCCUCCUCCUCCUUCGCCGCCCUCUCCUCCUCCGCUUCUCUCUCCCCCUUCGCCGCCGCCUCCAACCCUAGCUCCUCCCCGGCACCCGCUCCCUUCGGCUUCGCUCCCUCCUCUUCCUCUUCGUCGGCGUCCUCUGCUCCUGCAUUCUUCUCCGGAUUUGGCUCCGCGCCGGCGACUUCGGCGCCGACGCUCUUCGGUACGCCGUCGUCGGCCGCGACCGGAGGAUCGUCGCCUUUAGGGAUGGUUCAGCCUGCCGCGACCUCCGGUCUGGCGCCGUUCGCGUCCAGUUCUCCUUCGCCAUUGUUUGGCUCGUCGGCGAGCUCCGCUACUUCUCUGUUCGGUACGCCUUUGCCUUCUUCCAGUGCGAGCUCAGGUUCGUCCUUGUUUGCGACGCCUCAAUCCUCGGCGAGUUCUGGCUCGUCCUUGUUUGGAGCGGCCACUUCUGGUUUGCCUCUGUUCGGGACGUCCUUGAGUACUAGCUCGACACUGUUUGGUGCGGCGUCAACGUCGUCAUCGACUUUGACUGCGACCGCCGCUCCGCCUUUGUUAGGGACGCCGUCGUCUUCCGUCGCUGCUUCUGGAGCCUUCUUGUUUGGAGGAACUGCUUCAGCGGCAAGUUCUGGUUCGCCUUCGUUUGGGACAGGUCUGUCCACGGCUUCUCCCCUGUUUGGCAUAACUGCGACCUCCGCGAGUCCGAGUUUGGCCGCCGCCGCCACUGCCGCCACCACCACAGCUACGUUGUUCGGAGGUUCUUCAUCAGCUUCAGCGACUACUCCUUCACUUUCUAACAUGUUUUCGCCUAGUUCAGCCGCAACGUCAUCUCCUUUUCCUGCUUCUACGGGGUUUUCCUUUGCCAAACCCACCUCUAUCUCUAGUUCGCCUUCUUUAACACCCACUGAAACAUCCACAACAACCUCUACCUUCUCAUUUAUACCAUCUUCCUCAUCUUCGCAGUUCUCUUUCAGUGUUGUGUCACCAGCCCCGCUCUCGACUACACCUUCCGCGAGGCCUACGUCCUUUUCUUUUGCCCCAUCUGCGGCGCCAUUGCUUUCUACUGUCACCACUACCACUAGUGCAUCGACUCCAUUCUCAGGUGGUUCCUCUUCGGUGUCCUCUUCGACGACAUUGUCUUCAUUUGCCGUGGGUUCCUCGCCAGUGGCUGCGACUUUGACUGCGUCGGCAGUUAGUGCAGGAUCUUCGGCACCUGCUAGUUCCUUUGCAGGAUUUGGAGUGACUGCGACACCUGCUUCUUCAGCGACUGCUAGCUCGGUUCCAAGCUUUUCGUUGUCUACCAAACCUUCAACACCGGCUUCAUCUCAAGCUCCUUCUACCACCACCGUCCCUGCUUUUAGUGUCCCUGCUACCACAACAACAACAGCUUCUACUGCCAGCACGACUACAGCUCCGACACCAUCUCUUAUUGUAGCUUCGAGUAGCGGAACAACAUCAAGCACCAGUGCCGCUGUUGCGGUACCAAAACUACCUUCAGAGAUUGUUGGAAAGACAGUUGAGGAGAUUAUUAAGGAGUGGAAUGCUGAGCUACAAGAGCGAACAGGGAAAUUCCGGAAGCAGGCAAAUGCCAUAGCUGAGUGGGACAAGAGGAUUUUGAAGAAUCGUGAUGUUCUUCUUAGACUUGAGAUAGAAGUGGCAAAAGUGGUUGAAACCCAAGGUAGCCUGGAGAGACAGCUGGAAUUAAUUGAAACUCAUCAGCAAGAGGUUGACAAUGCUUUGCAGAGUGUUGAAGAAGAAGCUGAGCGUAUUUAUAAGGAUGAACGCGGUUUAUUGCUCGAUGAUGAAGCCGCGUCCACUAGAGAUGCAAUGUAUGAACAAGCUGAGUUGAUAGAGAGGGAGCUGGAGCAAAUGACGGAACAAAUUAAAUCAGUCAUCCAGACUCUGAAUUCCAGCCAGGGUGGAGAGCUCGACAACAUCGACGGCAUGACACCACUGGAUGCUGUUGUCAGGAUUUUAAACAAUCAGCUUAGCUCUUUAAUGUGGGUUGAUGAGAAGGCUGAGGAAUUUUCAUCCCGUAUUCAGAAGCUUGCAACCCAAGGUUCUGCUGCAGGACGGGAAUUAAUGGGCCCAAAAUUGUGGAUGUCUUGAACCUUGAUCUUCAGAUGUGCGAGAGAACUUUCUUAUUUUUGUCGUAGUGGUCUAACAUCUGCUGAGGUUGUCGUCGCUUGUUGCAGCCUUAAUAACUGAUUCUGAUGAACUCUUGGUGACAACAUGGAUCGCUUGGAGUUAUUUUUUCCUUCACUCCAGAAAUGGAUAUCUCACUUGAGUAUCAAGUCAUCCUGUUCUCUUGUUUUAGCGGUCUGGUUUUGUGGCCCCGAGCAAUAUAGGAAUGUUCAAAGUGGAUAAUAUUGUCGAGUAUCUUUAUAUUGAUGGAUGUAAAUAGUCUGGCUCUUGGCACUA